AUGAUUAUCACUGGCUCUGACUCUUCUACUAUCUUUGAGGUCAAACAGCAUCUCUUUCGUACCUUCAAAACAAAGGAUCUGGGACCAUUGCGGUAUUUUCUUGGUAUUGAGGUGGCUUCUUCUCUUAAGAGUUACUUUCUGUCCCAGGUUAAAUAUGCCAACGAGGUUAUCCAUCGUGCCGGACUUACUGACACUAAGCUUUCUGAUACCCCCAUGGAGCUUAAUGUAAAGCUCAACACUACUGAUGGUGUUCCUCUGGACAAUCCUACGUUAUAUCGCGAGCUUGUGGGUUGCUUAGUCUAUCUGACAGUUACUCACCCUGAUCUUGCCUAUAUUGUUCAUGUGGUUAGUCAGUUUGUUUCUGCUCCUCGCUCUACACAUUGGGCCGCUUUGCUUCGGAUUCUUCGCUAUCUUCGCAGUACUAUCUUUCAGGACUUGCUAUUCUCUUCUACUUCUUCCUUAGAUUUGGUGGCCUAUGUUGAUGCUGAUUGGAAAAGUAAGAAACAAAUUGUUGUUACUCGUUCUACUGCCGAAACUAAGUAUCGUGCUAUGAUUCAUGCUACUGCUGAAAUUGUCUGA